AUGCCAUCUAUACCUACAUUCUCCGUGAUCUUAAUUCUUGCGGGAACCGCUUUGGCCAAUGCGCACGUGUCUUGUACCACGCAAUAUGGCAAUCAUCGCGUCAGAAAUGUCCAGACUAAAUAUCACAAAACAACCUCGACUAUAACUCCAACCUUUUUUGUAACGUCCGCCCGCAAAACGACUGUAACCCCAUCGCCAGUUACCUUGACGAUUGUUUCCACAGAGACAGACACCACCACUUCCACCAUUGAAACGACCGACACUUUCACUUCGACCAUAACCCAAUCCACGACUACCACGACUACUCUGCCCACUGCGACGGUGACAGCCACAGAGACUACUUCAACUACAACGACCAGCACUUCUACCAGCACGAUCGGUACUGCUGCUGGUUACACGCCAAUCCAAUCUUCUUUGCCAGGUGCUACGUACCACGGGGCCCAAAGCGGGCCAGUUUCGAAGCGAUCCAUUGAUUCCAACGCAGAACGAGCUCACGAGAUCGAGGAGCGUGCGUCAACGUCGACAAGUUCAAAGCUUUCCUCGAAGCCCAAGUCAGACUGCCUACGUCCGCAGAAGUACCCGCAGUGUGUAGAAUGUACCACGACCGUCACCAAACGAGCCCCGGCAGUAACUUCGACUCGAACGGGAAAGAUUAGGACAAUGACGGCCAGCACGUCCACCAUCACCACCACCAGCUUCGCGACAACCACCGUCACUGCGACUUCAGUCAACGAUGCAUCCACCACAAUCACCACAACGACCACUGAAACAGCUACAGCCACAGCUAGCCCAUCAACGACAACAACUACCACAAGCACCACAACAGUCACACAAAUGGCCACCGCGACGGGCUACGCGCAGUGCGCCGCAAACAACUUCGCCGAUAAACUAAACGGAAACAACAUCUACCUUCAAGCGGCCAGCAGCGGCAACUACGGCGUCAAAAAUAUUGCGGGAGUCACAAAUGCGCUCGAUUGCUGCGUUGCAUGCGCCACUACCACCGACUGCUCUGUGAGCAUCUAUACGGUCCAAGAAGGCGGCUGCUAUUUACUCACGAAUUGUGGUUUGACAUUUCCUACCGUGCAAGACAUUUCUUACGACUGGAUCGUGAAUAAUGGAUGCGGUAAAGCCGUUUCGUCUUGA